AGCAAAAAAAAAAAAAAAAAAUGGAUCAUUACAAGGAAUUAGGGGUUCAGAAGAACGCGAGCAAGGAGGAGAUCAAGCACGCUUUCCGGAAUCUGGCGAUGAAAUUCCACCCGGACAAGCACUCGCAGUCGCCGGAGCACCUCCGCCGCUCUGCCACGCUCAGAUUCAAGCAGCUGUCGGAGGCCUACGAGACCCUCAUCGACGACCGCAAGCGGGCGGAGUAUAAUCUCGGCAGAAACGCGUACGGCGCUAGUCGGAGUCAAAAUUACGGUCACAGUUCCGGCAGCGGCGGAUAUAGCUACAGCAAUCCGUACGGCUAUGGUUACGGGCAUAGUGGUGGUUCGGCGAGGAGGAGCGGCGGCGGCCACGGUGGUGUUUUUACGAAAUUGGAGAUGGGCCUUAGGUACCUCACCACUAGGAGUUUUCUCCUCAAUGCGACAUUCUUCAGUGUCUUGUUAGGUGGAAUGUAUAUUAUUGAUGCUAGUGGCAAGGCGCUGUGGGAGAUGCAUAAUUAUGGGAAAUCAUUUGAAGAGGCGAUAGACUCUGUAGAAAAAGCUAAAACACGCAAAGAUGGCUCUUACUAAAACUCCAUUCAAGGUUUCAGUUUGUUUGAUUCGUGUUGGAUUCUAUUGGCUGCUCGCCACAAUUUCUCGAACGAAACAAAGAGUAUAGUUGAAGUCAACUUGUAUAAGCAAACAAUAUAUAGUUUUAUAGGCAUCGAUGCAUUAUUACUUAAUUGUUAGGCGUAUGUAUACAAGUCAUACAGAUUUCGGCAGUUUAUACUUUGGAGAAAACCACAUGGUGUUUGUUGUUGAUCUAAUCGUGUUUGGUAUUGUUCGAGUGUACAGAUACCAAUUUUUGUCACUUAAAAUGUACAAUGCUACAAGUGUUAGUUUCAUGCUGUAAUAUAUAUACUUGGUAGGGAUUUAUGUGCAAUAGCUGAUUAUUGUAACAUGGCACUUUUUAGGUGCCCCUAAACUUUGGCUAAUUCAACUUCGUAUUUCAGGUUUCAAG